UACGCAAAUCAUAAUUUUGCGACUUUGAUUUUUGUCACACGAUAUUAUUCUUUCACCGUGGAAGUCGAUCGUGAACAUUUGUUAAGUGCGUAUUUUAUUAGAAAAGUUGGUACCUGACAGCGGGAUUCGAACACCGUUACAUCUCUACAUACAAAUGCACCGGGCGUCUUAUCCUUUAGGCCACGACGGCUUCAAAAGGUCCCGUCAUGACUUACGCGAGUGUGGUGUUCGCUCACGCGGCGAAUCUACGCGGCGGUAGAUUCAUUCGCGAAGCAGCUACUCUUGAGCUGUUAGGUCUCCUUCGGAGGCGCUCGGGUAGCUGUUAGCAAAUCCCACCCCUCCUGGCUGAGCCUUUGCUCGCCCACCUGUCCUGGUGAAACUGGAAAGGCCUCCGGGCCACCAGUAAUCCUUCAAUCAUAAAAAAAGGCUUCAAAAGGUUACCUAUAACACGUGCUUAUUCGGUCAAGGACACUAGUCAGAACAGUACAACAAAUAAUUGUAUCAAGCCGAAUCUAUAGUAGAGUUUUGUCAAUAGAAUCUAUUGUUUUUAUUCAAAUGAUGGCCCUUAAAUGAGUAAACAUUUAAUCUAGGUUAAAAUUUAAUGUAUAAAUACGUUACUUUGUCGAAUUAAAUUCAUAACAAGUUCUGAUUUUGACCGAACAACCAUGAAGAUUUUGUUGGUUUCCUGCUUCGUCGUGAUGCUGAUGGUGGAAGCAUCCAGUUCGGCGACAGGCGAUUCCAAUAUGAACAAUAAAAACCUUCCGAAACGUACUAAGCGAUAUGCAUCAAGUUACGAUACGGGCCGAUCUGCGUACACUGAAGAAAAGGACACCACCAGCAAGACUGAAGAAGGCAACGAAAUGAACGAGAAAAAGGAAAUGGAAGAAAUGGAGGAAAUGGAAGAAAUGGAGGAAAUGGAAGAAGGAUCCCAGACUAAAGAAACCCCAACUAAAAUAUUAUCUGCCUCGAGUGGGGCGAUCGCUACCGAGAAUCUGGCCGCAUCUCAAAGCGCGGCCGACGUUGUUGAGACGGAAACAAAAUAAGUAUGACACAAAAACAAAUGCCGUUACACGCUACACGUUACAAAUGAUCUGUCACAUCUCUUGUCAUAAGAAGUAGUUUUGUUUGCGCAAUCGACACACCUUACUUGGGGAAAACAGUACGCAAUUAACAUCAUAUGGUCCUUCGAUCUAUUUUGAUAAUUAUUUAAAUACCUAAUUAAUCUCAAUUAAAAGACUUCUUUGCUAAUACCUUAAAUCUCACACUUAUAAUCAGUCUUUGAAUAACACGUCUACUGGUGUUCCAUCCUUCGAGGAAAUGCAAAACGGUGCGUCCCCCCACGUUCCUACCUGACGGACGAUCGCUUGACACACCACAGGCUUCACUGUAGCUCUUGUGUAGCCAGGAUCAGCAGCGGCUACCACACAUAAAGACCGACCGAUCAGGUUAAAUCCGAGGGAAAUCACUAGAAGGAAGAAUUUAUAUUAACACCUCACUCCUCGCUAAUCUGCGAACAGUCAAAGCAAUAACGGCCGUAGAUUGAGAAGAUUGAGUCGGAUAGCAGUCAAGGAAACCCCAAUUGCCGUGCAAGGACAAUGAAGGAUGUCGCGACGGAGAUUUGUGUUGAUAACGUAUAGCAAGCACUACCGGCAUCACAAUCUAUGUCCUCUAAAGGUUAUUGUGUACAAAUGCUUCGAUUUUUGAACACUAAUUCUAAGAAAUAAACAAGGCAAAGCA